AUGUCUCUCUGCUUGGAGGCCUGUGUCUCUGGCACAGCGGGAGAAUCUCACAGGAAUGAGGCAGGCUCAAGCUGUCUUCACUUUGGUGUUCGAUCCUAUCUGCACACCUUCUAUGAAGAAUGCUCGUCCUCCAUGUGGGACAGAGACCCGGGUUCUCAGGGGUUGGUCCAGAGCCAGAGGUGGACCCUGUGGUGGAACUCAGCUGUCUGGAAGGUGUCCUUGGCCGUGGGUCUCCUAAUCCUGACAGCAGGAAUUUCCAGCCUAUCAGUGGGUUUCUGCAUCCCCCAAAGAAUUGAGUCCUUUGGAGAGGGAGACCUGUUCUUUGUAGACACCCAAGCCGUCAGCUUCAACAAGGGGCUGCAUCUCAGCGCUGCAGCUGGGAUCUGCCUCACCUGUUUUGGCUCAGGUCUGAUAGCUAUGGGGGUUGUUGUCAGGAUCCUUCCUAGGUCUAAUUUAAAAGGGGGGCUGUCCGACAGACCGGGGCCCUGGGAACAAACAGGAAAGUCUGGGUCAAACUGGUGGGGAUUAAGGGUUCCAGGAGAUGUAGUUACUGAGCCGCCAGAAGAAGGGAAGAUGCCCACAGCGCCAUUAAAGUGGAACAUUUGCAGCCCAGCUCUUAAAGAUGAUGGCACACCAGCUACACAGCACAAAGGCUUUAUUUGAAGUUAUUAGACCUCAUUUAAAGUCCCUGUAAAGUGAAAUUUAAACACUAGAUAUGUAAGAAUAAGACAGAGCUACAUGUGACUGAAGUUUUGAUUUAAACCGUUAGAAAGUUGUUCACCUAUCUCCAGGCUCGGUUUAAUUUGGGCGGGGCAAAAUCUG